AUGAAAGUUAAAUCGGAACAAAUAAAAAAGCUACGCUACUUUGAAAAGAGGGAAGAAAAUAAUUCAAAACUUAUCAAAAACAGUGAUGAAGUUGAAGAGUACCACGUGAAGUUAAAGCCCCAUUCCAAAUGGACAAAAAAAAAACUUGAAAUUAAGGACUCCAAACCACAAAACGUCAACAAAAAAUUUUCUGGAAAAUCACCAAUUAAUAUUAAAAACUUAGAGAAACACUCCCGUGGGGAUGGAAUUUCAGACAAAGGAGUCAAACAUCCUCUGUAUGCAGCCAAACUACAAAAGAAAGAACUUAAAUAUAGAUUUGCUCAAAACCAAGCAGCACGGGCUGAUAUACUAUUAACAGAAAAUGCAGGUUACUUAGAAGUGGAUGAUGAUCAUAGAACAACAUGUAUAACCCAAAAGGAGAUUGUAAAGAAUGUUGAUAUUACAGCUGCUACAAAGAUUUUCAACCUUAAUCUAGAUUUUGGCCCAUAUAGGGCAAAAUAUUCAAAGAAUGGCAGACACUUGUUACUUGGUAGCAAGAAAGGUCAUCUUGCUGCUUUUGAUUGGGUCACUAAAAAGCUACAUUGUGAAAUUAAUGUUAUGGAAUCCAUUCAUGACGUGAGUUGGUUACAUGUAGAGACAAUGAUAGCAGCCGCUCAAAAGGAAUGGUUGUACAUUUAUGAUAAUACAGGAAUGGAGUUGCAUUGUAUGAAAAAAAUGGAUAAAAUAUUGAGGAUGGAAUUUCUUCCAUAUCAUUUCUUACUAGCGGCAGUUAAUGAAUACGGAUUUAUGUCGUGGCUGGAUAUAUCUAUAGGAGAAAUAGCGGGUCAUUACAACAAUCACUUGGGUAGGACUUCUGUGAUGACACACAACCCUUAUAAUGCAACAAUAUGUUUGGGAAAUUCUCAAGGUGUCGUAUCGAUGUGGUCUCCGACCGUCAAGAAGCCUCUUGCCAAAAUAUUAUGCCACAAAACGCCCCUGAGCGCUAUCGCUGUGGAUCAGAAGGGAACGUACAUGGCCACGACGGGUGUCGACAAAAGUUUGAAGAUAUGGGACAUUCGUAACAUGGAUGGUCCUUUACAGCAUUACCGACUCAGAAGUUCUGCCGUCGAGUUGGAUUUCUCACAGAAGGACAUGCUGGCCGUCGGAUUGGGAGAAGUUGUGGAACUUUAUAGUGACACCUGUACGAAAACAGCGGACAAACCAUACAUGAGACACAAAAUGGCCAAGUCGAUAUGCAACUUCAAGUUCUGCCCUUACGAAGACGUACUCGGAAUCGGGACCUCCGGUGGAUUCACGAGCAUUCUAGUGCCAGGCAGCGGCGAGCCCAACUUCGACGCGUACGAGAGCAACCCGUACCAAAACAAGGCUCAGCGCAAGGAGGCCGAAGUCAAGGCCCUGCUGGAGAAGAUUCCGGCGGACUUGAUCGCCUUGGACCCCUUCGAGGUCGUCAAGGUGGACGUGCCCACGCUCGAGGACAAACUCGAAGCCAAGGCUAAGUUACCGCACGUGAGGCGAAAGAAGAUCGACGUGAAGCCGAAACGUAAAAAUAAAGGACUGACUACUAUUGCUAGAAAGAAAAUAAUUAAGGAAAAGGCGAGAAAGGCUCAAAUAAUAGAAAGCAUUAAAACACAGACGACCCCGAAGGAGCCGAAGGACAGACAAAAGCCGAGCAAAUCGUUUGGCGUUUUGGAUCGUUUCAUUUCCAAACCGAAACCAAAUAAAUAA